AUGCUAGACAAGCAGAUACGGGCCGCCGGCGACCCGGAGCUGCGGCGGCUGCUCGGCGGAUCCGCGGGGCAGGACCCGUUAGACCUAGACCUACUAAACUCGAGGAACCGCUGGAAACUUCACCUAGAGGCGGCGCGCGACUUCCUCUCUAAGAACAAGCAGAAGGAGGGCGCGCCGAUAGGGGAGGAGGCGGUGCUAGUGCUAGGCUACGACGACGAUAGCGCGACCCUAGUGCCGGCCGUCCUCGUCUUCGUGCCCGGCAUGCCAGUCGUCAUAAACCAGAACACGCACUAG